AUGGGUUCUAUUUCGACACCUCCGGCAUAUGACCAACCCCUCCCAAGCGGGGAUGGCAUACUUCCAUAUGCUCUCAAGUCUUCUGCUGGCUCAAUCGAGUCUUCAUGUCUUGCUCAGCUAAAAUCAACUUCACUGGAUACGCCACUUGAAGAAAUGAAAGCACGAUACGAGAGAGAUGGCUAUCUCUUUGUCAAAGGCGUUCUGCCACCGGAAGAUGUCAUCGAAGCACGAAGACAAUACUUCAACUACCUCGGUCCCACAGGCCUCACAAAGGAAGCCUCGGAUCCGGCAGCAGGAAUCUACUGCGGAAGCGAUCCCAGACUCUGGCUAGCACCAGGAAAGCUACGCACAGCAUUCGGACUCGAAGGCCACAAUCCCGAGUACGUGGACCGCAUGCUCGCCGUUCACGCUGCGCCAUGGUACCGCGGCUUCUCAGCUCAUCCUACCAUCAAGUCGUUCAUCGAGCGUCUGACAGGGUGGGAAGAUAGCACGCUUCUCGAGCGCUCGAUCUUGCGUCCUAAUGUGCCUGGUGGAGAAGCUACCCAGGUGCACUAUGAUCAGAUCUUCUUGCGCGGAGGACCACCUACCACCGUCACAGCCUGGGUUCCGCUCGGUUCGUGCACCAUUAGAGGUGGUGGACUCUUGUAUCUCGAGGAUUCGGUCGGUAUUGGUGAGAAGCUGGAGAAGUACUUCGCGGAAGCAGCGAAGGACUUUAGUGAAGAGGAGAAGAUCUCGGCGUUCAAUGCUGCCAUGAUGGAUACUGGAUUUCUGGAACGUGAUGCGGGGAAGUUUGGGAAGGAGUGGCAGAGGAAGUGGUUGGCGGCUGAUUAUGAGGCGGGCGAUGUCGUGUUUCAUCAUCCGUUCAUUGUACAUGCGAGUGCGGUGAAUGAGGAUGAAGAUGGCAGGAUUCGACUAGCGACUGAUUUGAGAUAUGUGGAGAAAGGGAAGCCUUUUGAUGAGAGAUGGAUGAAGAUUUAUGAGCCAGAUGAUGGACUCUGA